UAUUUCUUAUUUUGAUUUCAAAUAAAAUUUGCCCAAAUACAUUUCUGACUACAGCAUUGCGUUAAAACAGGUCACUAAUGUAAUUUCGUUCGCGUGACCAGCUCAAUUUACAUAUAAUUUUGUCGUUUCAUGAAAAUGUACUACGCAAGUUUUAACAGAAAUUGUGGUACCAGGUGUUCGAGUUUCAUUAGACAUCCCUGCGGGGAGCACUGCCACUACGGCAGCUGAUUUGAUCGACGUAGUCUGUAGCAAGUGUUUCCCCGAACAUGGCGGACGGUGCUCGUUCGAAUUUUCAAGGGACACAAUGAAAGUGCACCGAGCUCGUCACGGUGAUGUACGUGAUUAAGGGCGCGUGGUGAUCCUUAGGGUGGCCGACGUGGGUGCCCUGGCGCCGCCGUGAUCGUUACGGCUGCAUGCACGUUGGCGUGUGGCCGUCCUGACUUCAUGGUGUAGAGUUUUGCCGCGCCGCGAUUGUGUGUCUCGGAGCGACCGACCGUGGCGGGGCCCCCAUGGUUGUAAAUGGCUGACGAGAAUCGGAAAAUGAGGCCCGAACGUAGCGUGUGAUUCCACCGCCAAGACACCGAGGUCUUCGUGAUACAUUUUUUGAUUUUUGUAAUAUACUUUUUGCCAAAAGUAAUGGACUUAAAUGAAUGAUUUUGCUGGACGACGAUUUCUUUUGCACAGUUGCGUGGACCAAGCAUUAUGUGUACGUGCAUAAACAAGGUAGAAAAUGUCAGAGCCAGAAGAAAGUCUGGCAGCGCCGGAUAGCACUACGAGGGAACAGAAGUUGGGCUUCUCUCAUGGAGAUGAUGUCCUUCUUCAACAUAAAGAUGGCAAAUUUUAUCUUGGAACAGUUGUUGAGGUGGAUUUGGCAAGGGAAAAAUGCCUUGUCAAAUUUUUGGACAAUACCUCCUCCUGGUCCUCAGUUAAAGAGCUGACAAAGCUAUCUAUGCCAGAUUCUGAUGUUAUGUGUGUACUUUGCAAAAAAUGUCAGCCCAAGACUGAUAAUGACAUUAUUGUUUGCGACAAAUGCGGACGUGGUUAUCAUCAACUUUGUCAUCAGCCCCAGAUUUCAAAAGAAGAAACUGCAGCCGAGGCGCAUUGGAUGUGUAAAAGAUGUGUAGAUAGUCAACCGAGAAUACGCGAACUUGUGGAACCAAAAACUUCUAUGGUAAAGGCAAGUAUAAGAAAAGUUUGCAGUGGUAGGGACCAACCUCAGCCGCCACCAGAUGAUAUGACAAAGUUGCCGUACGAUCCGAACAUGUUAAGUUGGGAUUCACAUCAUAGAGUAAAUGCUGAACAAAUUUAUUGUUAUUGUGGGCUCAAUGGAGAAUGGUACACACAAAUGUUGCAAUGCGCUCGUUGCAAGCAAUGGUUUCAUGAAAAAUGUGUUAGUUGCCUAAUUCACCCUUUAUACAGUGGAGAUAGGUUUUACGUUUUUGUUUGUUCAAUGUGCAAUUAUGGCAAAGAAUUCGUGCGGCGACUGGAAUUAAAAUGGGUAGAUCUGGUGCACCUGAUGUUGUACAAUUUGACUGUUUACAAUGCUAAAAAGUAUUAUGAUUUGGACACUGUUAUUGUACCUUAUGCGAAUGAUAAUUGGAAUACUUUGCAGCUUCCACCACGGAUCAGGGAUGUCAGUGCUCAAAUACGAAGAGAAUCUAUACUAGCAAUAUUGACGAAUAAUAGGAACAGGUUUAAAUGUGGCAGAGAAAUAAAAAAGCGUACUACAAUAUGGGGACUUAGAGUUAGAUUACCACCGCCGUGUCCUAUCGUUAAUCUUCCAGCAACCGGUGUAAUAGAUGAUUCUGUGUUACGUAGAUGCUGGGGUGCUAAUAAAAGACUGCAAUAUCUUCCUCCACCUACAGGGCCGAUAAGUUUACCAGAGAGUACAAAACAGUUGAUUGCGCUGAAACAAAGCACUGCUGAAAAUUUGGAAAUUCCCGUAAAUCCAUCAGAUGUGGUAAUGCGUGGAACAAUUUAUCAAAAUUCAGAAGCAGAGCAAAGUUCGUGUCCAAGCCCAAGCCCACCAAGCCAGUCUACACAGUCUUUAAGAGAAAGGUAUAGCGGAGGUGGUUUUGUGAAAAAAUCAUUCCCAUUCCCUAAAUUGAGUUUACAAAGAAGAAGACGCUUGAUGGCAUUAGGUAGUUCCCGGGAAAGAAUGUUACGUAAACACAAGAAAAGAGAAAAGGGUGAUGGUUCGCUGAGCAAGGCCCAAGGUGUUAGAGAAGCUAGAUACAGAAAAGCAAGAAAAUUAUUGAAGAAUGCUAUAGCCAAGAGUAAGGCACGAAGCUCAGAAGCAUCUGAUCUACCACCGACGCCUCCCACUUCAGUUUCUGGCCCUCCCACACCGCCAGCUACAACUUCGGGUAUAUCUGAAUUAUCUGUACCCAGUUCUGUGGAACUGAUGCAUCCUUUACCACCGUCAACACCCGCUGACACAAGCGGGGAUGAAACGAGUUCGAGGGGAACGUUGGACUCCUUUAUUCCACCGCCCAAAGACUUUGAAGGCAAGAAUAAUCCUUUUAGAAAUCUCAGCGACUUAUUGGGCUUACCCAGCAGUCUCAGUCAAACAAGUUCGAGUACUCCGUCAUCAUACAAUCCAUGUCCAAUAACAUUACCUCUGCCGCUCACUCCUGUUAUAUCUCAACCGCCGGUAGUGCGGCCAGCUAAGAGGCAGUUAUCGGAGAAGGACAUCAUUAUAGACAGAAACGGGCAAGUCAAACGUAGACGUCAACAUCGAAGAGGUCGACCAUCCCAACAACAAUUGCAGCAACAAUUGCAACAACAGUUUCAACACACUGCUAGUAAGACUGCGACCAUUCUACCAGCGCGUAAUAACGAGGUUAAAAGUGAAUUUGCAAGGAAUUUAAGGAGUUCGUUUAACGGUGCCUCGAGCAGUGCCAGUAGUCAAAUUGGAAAUUGUGUCGAUUAUGCCUUAAAUGGUAGAAGAUUGAGACAACGUCAGACAAACGACAAAUUACCCCCUCCAGAUCCACAACCGCAGAAGAAAAGUAGCGUACCUUCAUCCCCAAAGUGUUCGCCAGUAAAACAAAGUGCACCCGACAUAUCCAUGGAUGAUCUGAAGUCAUCGGUAAACAUAUAUUUCGGAGCAGCUAAUAGAAUCGCUGCUGGCGAAAAGUUCGUCAUUAAAGCGAAGAAGUUAGGGCCAGACGGUCAGACUCAAUACCUUAUCGAGUGGGAGGGACUGAAUACUUAACAAUAAAUAAUCGGUUUAUGAUUAAAUAUAUUGCAAUCGUAUACAAUUUCUGCGGGCAUCGAGCGAAGGACAGCGAAUUAACAGCUGAUCUUCCUUCCUUUUUGGAAUGCUCGGUGUUUGAAACAGAUGAUUAGUGACAAAUUAAUUCGUGUCACAUGAUGCACUGCCAUUCGUUACACAUGUUUAUGUAAUAAGUACGUAUUAAUUGGUGUACGAUGCGUGUGACUGUUCUCGCAAAUGUUAAUUUCGUUUCGUUCGUGGACAAUCGAGAGUCUUGUGAAGACACUGUUCCGUCAUCGACAAACUUCAUUGCUGGACAAUGAAUUUGUUUCGCUGGUUAUUCGAAGUAAUGUCAUUUCGCUAGUUUAGUUUCUUUCGCAUGCCUGGAAACGAACAUUUUCAUUACUGAAAUAAAUAUUUGACAACGGAAUGCUCGUACAAAGUUAAAACAAAUUCAUGUUUCUAGUCAAUGAGCAUUUAUUCAAUAUUAAUUAUGACAUUUCCGACUUAGUUGCCGAUACUCUUUAUCAGAAAUCCUAUAUUUUCAGAAAAAAUACAUUUUGAAGUUAAUCAAUAGAGCAAUAAUUGUAAUAAACAAUUUUUUAAUAAAAAGUUGUUACUUUUUCUGUACUAUUUUUACAUUCUACAAUUAUUACCUUAAAAUGUAUUUUUUCGAAAUUGUUGAACUUGUACUGCAGAAAACCUACAACUAGGUCGAAAAUGUUAUAAUCCAUAUUGGAUAAUGCUCGUUAACUAGAAACAUAAAUUUGUUUUCUUUUCAUUAUUGAGUUCAUGUUACAUUAAAAAUGUACCGUCCAUGAGUCACGCGCAAAAAUUCGAUUAACUUUUCUACAUCUAUUUUUCAUACAAAGCAAAUAGGAGCGCAUAUGCGAGAAACACUUGCAAGAACAGUCGGAUACAUUGCUUGUAAACUGUACAUAUUGUAGCAUAGUAGUUUCGCAGAGAAGACGACGAUUAUGAACCAUGUAAAGCAAAACCAUUUGCGCCGGCUUUACGUUCAUUAGAAAUUGGCCAAUUGCUCCAUAUAUGAAUUGCGGAGCAGACCAUGAUUAUGACAAGAGAAAAAAAGUGAAUUGAAACUGACAGUUGUUCCUCUCACUUGAGCUAACAUACUAGCAAACGUUAGUAGCUAGUAUUAAAGAGUAAAAAAACAAAAAGAAGUAAAAGGCAGAUAAUCCUGCAAAAGGUUAUUUUUCAAUACAAUCGUAGAGAUAGACAUCUGCUUCUGUAAUUUGAUCAUCUUGAACUGUUUUUUUUACUAGACACGAAAACAAAAUCAACAUGGUUCUGGGAUUACUCAAAUUAAAAUGAAGUUACUUGCAACAUUUUUCCACUUUGAAGCUGUACUGUAUAAAAUGUAAAAUGAGAAUAACCGUUUCAGCUGUUUCAAUUUUUACAGAACAUUGCCAAUAAUCACACGAAAUCAAUUUUAUAUCAACAGAAUGUUCUUGAACAGUAUUUAUCACUGUCUAAAAAGCUGACUAUCAUUAUUGAUCUCUAAAAUCAACACAGGGUUCAAUCAUCCUGAUAAUUAAAAUGAGGGAAGCAGUGUUUGCAAGUUACCCCAUUUGACGGUAUUUGUUACUACCAUGCAUCAUUUUGUUUUGCAUUGCUGCAUCCCACGCUCGAGUUGCGAUGUACAUAGAUAUAGUGCUAAAAAGUUAGUUUCUUCUAAAUUACUAAUAGUAAUUAAUUUAUAAAAAUUUUGAGGAAAGUUUCGUAUAUACGACAGUUCAAGGCGAUGAAGAUACAGCUCUAGCAUUGCUCACUAUUAUACAAGACUAAGGGAAGAACCAGCAUACCUAUUUCGUAUAACGUAAAAUUUAAAGAACCACAUGCUGAGUACGUAAGUGAUUGGUCAAGUUGUCUGUGCGAUGGUAACGUUGUAAAUUUCUCUAUGCGGUUUUUCCAAGCGUGGAAUAAUUAGUUUCGAACUCGAGAUGUAGGAAAUCUUUAUGAAACUGUUCUUGUUAUAUUAAAAUUGUAGGGCAUGAAAAGUAUUCAUUCGUGUGUGAUAAGAUAUUCGCGUCAACAACAUUCUUAUGGGAUUUCAAAUAAACAGUUUUUCCAGUUUCAUGAACAGGUUUUCAGACAUAUUUUUGUACCAAAAAUGUCUCCAUUCGAGGUACGAUUCGUUCGAUGCAUUUAAUUUAUACUGUAAUCGAUGCUGUAUAAGGUCUAUGGUCAGAAUUUACUGAUCGAACUUCUUUAACAGAGUUGGGCAGUGAUUACUUUGCAAUCACUUUUGUCAUAAUCAUUCACUAUUACCAGAUCGAUCAGUAAUCAUAAACUACAUUCGUAAUUUGCAAUUACAAAUCACUAAUUUGUAAUCCUUCAGAGCUCGUUGAGUCUGAUCAUUCACAAUCAUGGAUUACAUUUUGCCCAACACUGGUCUGUGGCGAUCGUGAGAAAAUUAGGUAUCAUUUUACGUAUUUCUCAUUGUGGUCUCGAUUGAAAAGAGCUUAUUAGGAACGUUGAAGAACUCGUUUGUCCGUACGACUGUACUCAAUUGUACAACUUAAGUUUUGUACGAAUCUCUUUCGGACGAUCAGUCACGAGGAAGUAAAUUAUUAAGCUUGUGCAACGAGAAAUUUUUGCGGUAGAAUAGUCGUCUAGCGAUCAGUCUUUCUUGAAAUACCAAAAGUGCAGAGAAUCGAAAGAAAUCUCGAAAGAUCUCUUCAAGCAAGUUUAAAGUUGCGUUUCGUUCGUUUUCCAUAAUGUUUAAUUGUGCUAAAAUUCGUUUGUACACCCGACGCGAACGACACGAGUUCCCCAAAAUCUGGGUGCGCGAAAGCCGCGAGUCAUUCAUGCUUAGACAGACUUACCUAAGAUAGGUAUUUUUAAGCGUUAUUUAUUUUAAACUACUACGUGUAAUAAUCAUUUGCAUUGUGACUCCUUUAGAGAGCUUUUGUAACACUGAGACGACGUCGGUUCUUUAAAGUUCAUAAAUUUUAGCGACUGGCAGACUUCAAGUUAUAAAUAAUCGUAACUGGAGUUUCUGCCAGUUGAGUUCAUUUUUUGUUAUAUAGACAGAGUGUUGCAAAAUAUGCGGUACAAUUCUGAAGCACGUGAUUGCUCCAAAGAAAUAUGUCGAAAAUGUAGAAUGGAAUUUCUUUUGUAUUCAGUAACAAAUAACAGCAAUUGUAAAGCAUGAAAUUAUUUAUUUUUUGUUUAUCUUACGAAAUCAUAAUAGCGGUAAUUCCUUUUAACCCUUUGCGCUCGAGUGGCGCCUCUAGGGCGACACAUGUAAUUUAAAAGCGACUUUUGAACGUACAAUUUCAAUUUUACUUAUAUCAAAAUACAGCUAAUUAUUAAUUGAAAUAAUAUACAUUGAGUCGUGAAUGUUUUUACAUGUUUCUUUUCGAAGCAGAGUUUUUGGUUUUACAGAAAUUUAUUAUAAAAAUGGACUCGAUUUGAUUCUAUAGAAAAAUGCCUCGAGCGCAAAGGGUUAAUAUUUUUAUUUAACUGUCAGACGUCGAUUUUAAUGAAACCAUUCUGUAUUAUAGAGUUACUCAUGUUUUUUAUGCAUAUGUAAGUUUUAAAACAGUAGAGGAUGUUGAAAAGUGUUUAGUAUACAAAUUUAGGAACCAAAGCGAACCCUUCUUUCUUUGAAAAAAUAAUCAAAAUAUUUUUUAAAUAUUUCUUCUAGUUUAUACGUUUCUAGUUAAUUUUAUUAUUUUCACUUCACAAGUUAUAUGUGUAUAUACAGUAUGGACGUCCUUGAUAAUUAUGAUGAUUAUUAAAAAAGUGGCAGCUUUGCAAAAUGCAACUUGCAUUUUUUUAUACAAUUAUUUCCAACUUUUGCACUCUUCAAACAUCUAAGAAUGGAAACUCCCGUGGUAGAUCUAAUAAAGACAUUUAGGGACAUUUAUACGCCUAAUUUUAUUCUACAUUUCCGACCUAGUUGUUCACGGGGAAUCGUCUCCUUUCGAUCUGUACCACGUAUUUCCGAUCAAUUGCAUCUUGUACCGUGCUUUUCGAAACGAAAUCAUUUCGAUUGUCUUCGAAUAGCAGACAAAAUGUGUUCAAGUGUGUUCAAACAGUAAUCGUGUCUACGCGAACCGCAAGACGAAGCUUUCGUAAAUAGCUUUCUUACAACAAACACUCGUAGCGCAGAUGUUUAUUUGAGCGCAUCACAGCGAACCCGUACUCUCUAAAGGAACUGUAUAGGUAACGUUGGACCGAUACACUGCCAAACGUCUCUAAGUUAUAUUUAAUAAGCGACGAUGAACAAUACUGUGCUAUGAUAUAUUAAUUCUUAAUUAAACGAAACCGUUUGCGUUUAGUUUUCCAAUUUAAGUGCAACUUAAGUCAUUUUUGCGCGCAGAAAACUGUUUACGUUUAAAUUUCACGCGCGGAACCAUGAACCAGAGAUGGCCAAAAUUUUAUUCGAAUUUCAUUCGAUUUUUUGUUGUCCUUUUUUUUUUUUACGUUGGGGAGACCUUCUUGACCUUUUGACGAAGGCUGGGGAUUACGUGGGAGUCUACCGACGAAAACCGCCAAGAUGUUCUACCAUGUGCGUAUCUGAGGGGGUCCUAAGAACCUUGUCGAAACACCUUCCAGUGUGAUUCGGUUAAAUAAUUGUUUGAGGUAAAUUUCGGCUGUUCAACGCGAAAUAUAAUAUCACCUUAUAACUCAAAAUUGUAAUUUUUAUUUAUCCAUUACGAAUGCAAAAUUGUCCAUCAUUUAUUCGUUAUUCGAGAUUGUUGUUUCGAUUUUUUUUAAAAAAUCGAUCUGGAAUCGAACAUCCCAGGUUUUGAUGGCAAAGAAGCAUAAACAUCGAAUUCCGUUUUUGAAAGAAUCCUGUACAAAGCGUGAACGAUAGGGAAUACCUGCGAUCCUUGAGGCAUUACGCGAGACAAGGAAACGUUUAUUAGUUCAUCGAUCACGACAAACAAUUGUAUCGAUCGACCUGUGCUGGAUCAGCAUCGGCGCAAAGCGAAAGAAGAUGAAGAUGUACUGCCAGUAUCGUAUGUGUAAAUAUUCUCCCUUCCAGAUACAACCCUCCCGCCCCCCCGCCCCCCCAAACCCCUUCCAAUCCCAUUUUUUAAUCACAGAUACAUUUCACGAGUAUGUCAAGAAAGCGUAGUUGUACGUUGCGUAAUGUUUGUACGAUUGUAACGUGAAACUCAAGGUGGCUGUUUUCGAGCCACUUCCUGCAACUGCAUUCGAUGCGUCGCUUUCGUGCGAGAAUUCCGUUACACAGGAACACCACCUUUGGGGUUGAAACGAAUGCCGAUAAUUGAGAAAUUUUUUUAACGACUUGAAAAGUCCGUUUGCAAGCGGUUUUUUUUUCUUUUAUAUAUAUAUUAAAAGUGCAUACUUCGGGUUACGGUACUAGCCAUUUUUAGAAGAAAAAGUGAGCCUAUUAGGGGGACCAGAAAGUAAUGUCGUUUCUGCGAGUGCAAAUAUUUUGUUUACCGAUCAAUUUUUAUCGAUCAGAUAUUGAAGAUUUGCACACUGUAUGACAAAAGGCCAUCGUUGAUAACGAGGGUGAUUCUAUAAUCGAUGAAAAAUAAAAGCAUAUUAUAAAUGUAUUUGUUUGAAUUUUAUGUAAAAGAAAGGACGUUACUUUCUGGCCCCCCUAAUAUGUGAAAGGAAGAGUAUUAGGCUACUAAAAUUUCUUAAUCGCGCGAUUGAAGACAUGGUGCGAGGAUUGGUCAUCUUCACGUUUUACCAUUUAUAAUUUACAAUGUUUCCUACUAAACAAAGUUUACUAAUUGCAUUGUUUUUUUUUUUGUUUUUGUUUUUUUGAAUCUUCAUUCCUGGAGAUGACCGAUUUUUACAUCACAGUUCUCAAUUAGGAUUUUGAUUGAAUUCCUUAGGAAAGUAAAAUUAUGAAAAUUAUAGAUUUAUUGAAGUACGAGAUGCUUUCUAAGGAAGAGUGUGUCAAUUUUAGGAAAUUGCGAACAAUAUUGAUUUUUUGAUACCGCAAAGGUGAAGUUCAUCUUUAACGUAUUCACUGCCAGGCAAAAUUAAAGCGUUUUACUUUGGGCGCCAAGAUUUAAUACCGAUAUAUAAUCUAGGUUAUUAUUUUCAUAAUAAAAAAUGAUACGAAACUUGUUGUUUUAAGAAGAAAAUGUUCGAUUUCCGUUUGCAACAAUUCGUGACUCAACUCCAAUCAAUUUGAACUACGAGACAUCUCGCGGUUGGCAGUGAUGGGUUGAAAUAUCAAUCUUUCGAAGAUUUUAUUUCACAAAAUCCGAAUGAUUUGAUUGAAUUCACCGAACAGAUGGUCGAGAAUUUAUAAAUACAAUUUGUAUAUGGUGUCUUAAAAUACGUAAACAGUUGGUAAGGAUGAUUCCGUUAAAAAAAAAAAAAAAAAAAAAAAUAAUAUAUCGAAAGUAUAAGAUACAAUUUAUUUGUGAAACUCAUUGUUUUCGAGAAAUUCGAUUUCGAAAAAUACGAGGUGUUUCGUUCAAACUAGUACAAGCUGUUUCCUUUGAAGUUAAUGAAGAUUUCUACUUUACACUUGACACAGUUCCAUGACACGGGAGACCCAAUUUUUUAGCGUGCAAUGAAACUUAUUAAAUAAUUCUUAUAAAAUUGAAUAACAUUUGCUUGAACCGUUUUUUUUUAAAUUACGUUUAAUUCCAGAGUUAUGGAGAAAAAUGGCGAAGAAGGCGAAGAAAACUGAGAAUAUGUAUCAAAACAGGGUAUACGAUGUGUUCUAAAUGAUAUCCUCGGACUUCCAAAUACUUAUUAAGUCUCUUACAUCUGAUAACAUGGAUGGAGUAACCAAUGCACAAUUAUUUAUUUCAUGUUUUCCGUAAUUGUGGAAACAAUUAUCAUACCUUCGUCUUUUAUGUAAUUCCACGAGCUGCUUCUAUUUGGAGAAUCGAUUAUAAUUUUUUCGCUAUAAAUCUGUUAUUACGCGUUAUAAAAAAAGUAAAUCAAGCAAAUGUUAUUCAGUUUUAUAAGAACUAUUCGAAUGAUAAAAAAUAAACUCCUUCCAUCUGAAAUGAUUCAGGGACCCUGUUUUUCUUCCUAAUAAUCAUAAAACGUUGCACAUUUAAAGAUUAAACCUCCUGUGUUAUUUAACUAUAAUAAAAAUGAAUUUCUGAGAAAAAAGUUUGUAACACUUUAUAUGGGACACCCUGUACAUUAUACCCUAUAAAAUAUAUAGAAAUAAGGAUUUAUAAUCAAAAGUAAAGAGUAUUUUUCUAAUAAAAAUAAUGGAAAGUAUAAUGAAAAGAAGAAAAUUGCUGCAGCAAUCAGAAGGCUACAGAUCGAAAGAGUUUACACGGUUUCGAUUUGCCAAUAUUUUUAAUAGAGUGUAAUUUAAAUGAAUACAGCAAGUGAAGUAUUGGGUUAUAUUUUAUUGAGCAAUACUGAUCCGUAAUUUUAUGGAUUUCUCGUGCAAACACCGAGGAAAUCCUGUGUAAAGGCGCGAUUGGUCACGAAUUAAUAGCUUUGUUGUACACGCACGUGCCCCACACACUUUUUGAAAUCGAUUAUCUCGAAAACGAAUGAUCCUACAAAAAAAAAUUGAUCGUGCACUUUUUAUUUAUUUUUAUUUUUUUUUAAAGGAAUCAUCUAUUGCUGCGCCACAUGUUUCGUAACAGUUUACAUAAUUUUGAUUGUUUAAUAUCAAUGAAAAAUGGUUAAUUUACAAUAUCGUUAUUAGAGAGUCUUUUUAAAAUUGCAGUUCGUCUAUUCGAACUGUAAACUAAACUGAGGAUUGCUUCGAACGAUAAACCUGCUAGGUCAGAGAAAGAUGCAGAAAGUUUUGACUUUUGUAAAAACUGGGAAGUAAAAGUGUAUUUUUUAGGAAUGAUUGUAUAUAAAAAAAAAGAAGAUGUCGGAAAUUGCAAAUCUCUAUACAGGCAAGAACAGCGAAAGGAUCUCUCUGUUUCUGCCAUCUUUUUCGUACUUUAAUUCAUAAGGCUGAUUUUUUUAGGAUUAUUUUAAGAAAUCUUUUUACCAUAAAUAUUCCAGAUGUAACACAUUAAAGUGGAAAAUAAUUUCAAGCAUGUAACAUCAAUAGGAUCUCCAAAAUGACCGUUUCACUCUAGUAAUUUUCCACUUUAAUAUUUUUAAUAUAAAAAUAACAAUAGUAUACUUAAAUCUUUGCAUUCGGAACCAUCUCGUUAAAGAAUGUGCUAACAGUAACUACGUCUUAUUGAAUAAUGUAAUUUAACAAACAUGUAUUGUAAUUUAUUGCAAUAGUACUUGAGCUUUUAUGAAUCUUAGUCGUUGAGGAACGUAUUUGUGCCAAAAAUUAAAAUUUUAUACUUUUUUAUAUUAUUGAAAUGAAAAAGUCUAGAACGCAAAGAGUUAAUUUUUCUGUUCUUAAAAGUGCAUCCAGUUCUUUUAUUCGUCAACGUUCAACUUUUCUUAGAUUUUCUGUUUGUUUUAUUUCUUUCGUUGGUAUGUUAGUUAUCCAAUCGUACGGAGUAACAUAAACAUUCUUAAAAAAUGCAUUUGUAUUUCAUUAAGGUUUUUCAACAUCAAUGAAAAUUUACCUGGAAAUAAAAUAAAUGUACGUAUAUUUGUAUACUACAAGAAUAGUAAUUCGACCUUCGAUUAAUAUCCCUACAAAAUAUCGCUCGAAAUGCCAAUCGGUUGCCAAUCAUCUUUCUUCGAUUCCGAACUAUUUGCAAUCGAUGUUCAAUAAUUACAUUUUUUUGGUGACAGUGAUUCGCGGAAUGAUAUUAAUUUGUUCACAAAGAGCUCCUUCGAACAGCCCUUGGGGUUCACAGAAAAAAAGAACGAAGAAACGAGAAUCUGUAUUUGUUUGCGCAAAAAGUGAUGAUGCGAGCGUGAGGAAUGAAAAUUUCCAUUCUUAAGGUUAAUUCAGUAGCGUGAGGGAGUCUGUAUAUACACCGCCUGCACUUUGUACGAAUAUUGCGAUCGUCGCUGUGCUCAGCGAUCAUUUUUGUUUCCUUUCGUCGUUUAAUAAAGUGAAUUCUUCAUGACCUCUUCAA